AUGUAUCUCUUCACCAGUAGAUCUCAUCCUUCAAGAUCUUACUUUCCUUCGUCUGCCCUGUCGAGUCCCGAUCUCCUUCACUGCCUAGAGUCGGCAAAGCACACAUGGUCUUCGCUUGACCCGUCUUGUCUGUGGGGAGGUGCAGGAAUCUAACCCUCCAUCACCGAGAUCUACAACAUAUAUCUCUGCGCUUCUGCCCCCCUCAACUUUUCGUCUCUUUGUUCUUGACAGAAACCACCUUACUCUGGCAAUCGCAACCAGAGAGUCGGUCUCCGGAGGCAGUUUAUCGCAAGUCUUACGCUGUACGACCGUCAUACUUCUUUGGUGGCAGACGGACCUCCUGGCCUACCGCUGUUGACAGACGGCCUUUGCGUUCCCUCUCCCUCGCCGCGCCGGGAUUCGACUUGUCUUGCUGCACGAGUAGCUUGUCAGUCCUGCAAGCCACGACCCCCAUAUAAUCCUUGUCUCUUACUGCAGCCAUUACGCCCAAUCGUUGCAACACGCCUUGGCAUCAACACGCCUGGACUAGGGUAGAAGCAGUCCGCCCAAGUCUAAUCUUGACCAUCCCGCCGGACGCCCGGCCCCCCCCGUCCUCUCAGCUCGAAAACCUCUUUACUAAAGGCCGUCCACCGCCUCUUCCUCGUCCCUCAGGACAUCAAUUGUCCUGACUCCCUUUCUCAAGCAAUCGCACGUCCGAUCAGGUCUUUUGCUUUGAAAAGCAGUUAGACGUCGUAAUGACGUCCACUUCUUCCAAGGUUGGCCACGGCCUGGCCAAGGUCCUUCGGAUCAACCUCAAUGAACGUCAGGCUCAGAAGGAUGCCGUGACACGUGGCGAAUCCACGUACUCGGUCAACACUGCUGAUACGUACGUGGAAGAAGAACCAAGAACCAUUGACUGGUUUCGAGAUUUGGUUCCCACUGGCCGUCAAUGGGCCACCUAUGGUCGAAGUCUUUUCCCCUUUACUAGAUGGAUUGGGCGAUACAACGUUCAGUGGCUCAUUGGAGAUCUCGUGGCCGGCAUCACUGUCGGCGCAGUCGUCGUGCCUCAGAGCAUGGCCUAUGCCAAACUUGCCGAGCUUCCUGUCCAGUACGGGCUGUACUCCUCGUUCAUGGGCGUCUUAAUCUACUGGUUCUUCGCCACAUCCAAGGAUAUCACCAUCGGUCCCGUCGCGGUCAUGUCGACUAUCACUGGUAACAUCGUCAAUAAGGUCGCUGAGGAGCACCCGGAAGUUCCUGGACAUGUUGUCGCUUCAGCUCUCGCCAUCAUUGCAGGCGCCAUCGUCUGCUUUAUCGGUCUCAUUCGGUGCGGGUGGAUCGUCGACUUCAUUCCUUUGACUGCAAUCUCGGCUUUCAUGACCGGCUCAGCUCUCAACAUCGCAUGUGGGCAGGUGCCAACCAUGAUGGGUAUCAAAGUCAAGGGGUUUAACACGAGGGCAUCAACCUACCUGGUCAUCAUCAACACCUUGAAGUACCUUGGCCACACGAAAAUCGACGCUGCCAUGGGUCUGACUGCACUUUUCAUGCUCUAUCUAAUCCGCUUCACCUGCAACCAACUGGCAAAGAGGCACCCCGAUCGAGCCAAAACCUUCUUCUUCAUUUCGACUCUUCGAACUGCAUUUGUCAUCCUCCUGUACACCCUCAUCAGCUGGCUUGUCAAUCGCCAUCACCGUGAUGAUCAUGUCUUUCAGAUCCUGGGGAAAGUUCCUCGAGGAUUCCAGGACGCCCGUGUUCCCAUAAUCAACACCGACAUUAUUAGCUACUUCGCAAACGAGCUACCCGCAUCGGUUAUUGUGCUUUUGAUCGAGCAUAUUGCCAUUUCCAAAUCAUUCGGUCGGGUCAACAACUAUACCAUUGAUCCCUCACAGGAACUCGUGGCCAUUGGCGUCACCAACCUAUUAGGUCCUUUCCUCGGCGCGUAUCCUGCGACAGGCUCUUUCUCAAGAACAGCCAUCAAGUCCAAAGCCGGCGUUCGAACACCUUUCGCUGGUGUCAUCACUGCAAUUGUCGUCCUUCUGGCAAUCUAUGCCCUUCCUGCAGUCUUCUACUACAUUCCGAGCGCAUCACUUUCAGGUGUCAUCAUCCACGCUGUUGGUGACUUGAUCACACCCCCAAAUACUGUCUAUCAAUUCUGGCGCGUCUCACCGAUCGAAGUCAUCAUCUUCUUUGCCGGUGUGUUUGUCACCGUCUUCUCCUCCAUCGAAAACGGUAUCUACACCACGAUCUGCGUCAGCGCUGCCGUGCUUCUCUUCCGUGUUAUCAAGGCCAAUGGUCAUUUUGUCGGCAAAGUCAAGAUCCACUCCGUCAUCGGUGACCACCUGGUGGAAGACAAAUUCCACGACCAAAGGAUGAUGUCCGAUGACGAUCGAGCCGUGCGGGAUAUUUUCCUCCCACUCGAUCACAACGAUGGCUCAAACCCAUCCAUCCACGUCGAGGCGCCGUACCCUGGAGUCUUCGUCUACCGAUUCUCCGAAGGCUUCAACUAUCCCAAUGCCAACCACUACACCGACCACCUUGUCAAAUAUAUCUUCGAGCAUACUCGCCGCACCAAUCCUCACUCCUGGCCCCGACCAGGCGACCGACCAUGGAACAACCCAGGGCCACGACGAGGCAAGGAGGAGACCGAUAGCUCGCAUCUACCCACACUCAAAGCCAUUGUUCUCGACAUGUCGUCCGUGAACAACGUCGACGUGACCAGCGUGCAAAACCUCAUCGACGUCCGCAACCAGCUUGACCGUUACGCCUCACCCGAGAGCGUUCAAUGGCAUUUCGCCUGCAUUAACAACCGCUGGACCAAGCGCGCCCUGGCCUCCGCAGGCUUCGGCUACCCGAGCGCCCCGCAGGAAGAGUACCAUCGAUGGAAACCAAUUUUCAGCGUCGCAGAGAUCGGCGGAUCCGCAUCUGCAGCCGCUGCGGCAGAAGCUGAAAGCAACAGACGCCUCUCACGCGUCCACACGGACGAAGAGAUCGGUCACUCUCGCACGAGUAGUGGCCACGGCGUCAUCAAGGCCGAUGCAAUUGAAAGACACCACUACAAAGACGACCCCAGCACCGACUCUAGUCAUAGUCAUGGUGACAACAGCCCGGAUCUGUCGCGAGAGAUCACCAAUAGCAAGGCGUAUAACAGAGCGACGUCGAAGAGGGUGGCUGUCGUGCAUGGCCUGAACCGCCCCUUCUUCCAUAUCGAUUUGACCAGUGCGCUGCAAAGCGCCAUCGCCACGGUCGAGCAUCAGAAUCAAUUGAGAGCCGCGGAGCAGCCGGACAAAGAUGACAAGGAGGUUAGUGCUUAAAUUAGUGGUGUGGUUGUGUGCUCCAUAGACAUCGACGGGGCUUGGUGACCCGGCCGGUGUUUUCGAAGUGCAAGCAAGCAAGCAUCAAUGGCGUUGUGGGAGAAAAGCAUUGCUGCCAUACCCCUGUCGUAUUGCAGGAUACUGUUUUUCACGACCUCACGCCUCACGCAAACGUUUGGAAAGAGUUUCGCGUACUCUGGGCUUGGCUUGCCGCAAUCCAAGAUGGUCUUGGGGAUGGAGGGUUGUUGGCAUCGGUUUCGAGAACGUUGGCCGUCUUUUUACAGUAUCACAUUCACGACGUCAUGACGAGUUUCGGCUCAGACAUUACACGUAACCUUACUUAUACAUGCACUUUAUUUCACAGAGAGGAUACCCGUCUCCAACGUGACGGAGACAUGCGAUUGUUGGUUUGGUGGGGACCGUAGGAAGACAAGAGAGGGAGAAGAGAGAAGGACUGGUGGGAAAAUACGCUGCAGAACAGUGACCAGAUACAGCUGUUAAUGACACGUAGUGAUUGAAAAGCCUUGCGAGACUUUCGUGUUCCCGAUCAA